AUUGUUCCAAAGCAAAAAAGUGGGGAAGUAGAAAAUACACGCAUAUUCUUUACUCUUGCUGCAUAGCAUACAGUAGUUCGUAGAGUUUGGAUCACAUGCUCAUCUUUCUCGGUUGUUCUUCUUGCUCGAUUUGGGCCCAACAAUUGACCCGACUAACGGAUGUUAACGAUUUUGUUUUUGUUAGUGACGACAUCGAGUGUGUUUGGAAGAUAAAUAUGACAUUCUGACCUGAUCUGACUCAAUGUCACAGAACCUGAUGCAGUUUCUUAUGUUUUAAUCGUCACUACUGAUUGUAGUAAUAAGUAUUGCACACCAAGGAAUCUAAAACUCCACAGACAUGACGAACAAAGAUUCUGAUACAGUGCAGGUGGUUGUACGCUGCCGUCCACUUAACGAGAAAGAAAAGUCCAAAGGUUUCAAAAUGGCGGUGAAGGUAGAUGAGACUAUGGGCCAAAUCCGAGUGACAAACCCCAACGCCCCUAGUGGAGAACCACCAAAGACAUUCACCUUUGACACAGUGUUUGCCCCUGCGUCAAAACAGGUGGACGUUUACAAUCAAACAGCAAGGCGAAUUGUUAACGCUGUACUUGAAGGGUAUAAUGGAACUAUUUUUGCAUAUGGUCAGACAGGAACUGGGAAGACAUUCACCAUGGAAGGUGUGCGGUCCCAGCCAGAGCUCCGAGGAAUCAUUCCCAAUUCUUUUGCACACAUCUUCGGACAUAUUGCAAAGGCAGAGGAGAAAACACGAUUUCUAGUCCGAGUUUCAUAUCUAGAAAUCUACAACGAAGAGAUUCGAGAUUUGCUGAGUAAAAAUCAAUCACAAAAACUUGAAGUUAAAGAAAGACCCGAUGUUGGUGUCUACGUAAAGGACUUGUCCGCAUUUGUUGUAAACAACGCAGAUGACAUGGAUAGAAUUAAUACUAUUGGCAACAAAAAUCGAUCGGUUGGAGCUACAAAUAUGAACGAACAGAGUUCACGGUCCCAUGCCAUUUUCACCAUAACGGUAGAAAGAAGUGACGAAGGCCUUGAUAAAGAGCAGCAUGUCAGGGUUGGGAAAUUGAACUUAGUGGAUUUAGCAGGCUCUGAACGGCAGACAAAGACCGGUGCAUCGGGGCAGAGAUUGGUGGAGGCAACUAAAAUCAACUUGUCACUUUCAACAUUGGGAAAUGUGAUCUCAUCAUUGGUUGACGGUAAAAGCACCCAUAUACCAUACAGGAACUCAAAACUUACUAGGCUUCUGCAGGACUCACUUGGAGGCAAUGCCAAAACUGUUAUGUGUGCAAAUCUUGGUCCUGCUGAGUAUAAUUAUGAUGAGACAAUAAGCACCCUGAGGUAUGCUAACCGAGCAAAAAAUAUUAAAAAUAAGGCGAAGAUUAACGAAGACCCAAAGGACGCCCUCCUAAGACAAUUUCAAAAGGAGAUAGAAGACCUGAAGAAGAAACUAGUAGAUGGUGGUGGUGAAGGGGACAGUGGCAGCGGCAGUGAAUAUUCAGACUCUGGCGAAUCUGAAGAGGAAGAAGUGAUGGGACCAGAUGGAACCAUGACAACAAGAAAAAAGAAAACUAAAGCCAAGAAGAAAUUAUCACCUGAAAAAAUGGCCGAGAUGCAGAGAAUAAUAGAUGAGGAGCGACGAGCUUUGGAAAGUCAGAAAGACAUGGAGGAAGAAGAGAGGAAUAAAGCCCAAGAGUUACUAGAGAAGCGAGAGAAUGAUUUGAAAAAGGCACAACAAGACCAUGACCAGCUUGCAGAAAAGCUACAGGCUAUCGAGAAAAAGUUGAUAGUUGGCGGCGUCGACCUGCGGGAGAAGAUGGAGGAGCAGGAGCGACUCCUAGAAGAAUCAGCAAAAGAGCUGGACACCAAACGAGCUAAAGAAGAGGAACUGAGGAAGAAAAUUGAAGAGAAAGAAGAAGAACGAUUACAAAUGGAAGAAGAAUAUACAAAUUUACAGGAAGAAGCUGCUGGUAAAACAAAGAAACUGAAAAAGGUCUGGUCAAUGCUGAUGAGUGCAAAGUCUGAGGUUGAUGACUUACAACAGGAACACCAGCGUGAGAUGGAAGGCCUACUGGAGAAUGUGCGCCAACUGAGCCGUGAGGUCCGCCUACAAAUGCUCCUCAUCGACAGCUUUAUUCCACCAGAUUUCCAAGACAUGAUUGAACAGUAUGUCCAUUGGAAUGAAGACAUAGGAGAAUGGCAAUUGAAAUGUGUUGCUUAUACGGGCAACAACAUGAGAAAACAGACUCCAAUGCCAGAUCGAGAGAAGCAGAAGGAUUAUGGAGAUGUUGACCUCUCACAUGUUUAUCUAGCUUAUACUGAAGAUGGCGUACGACAGAAAUUUAAAUCAUCUAAAUCCAAGUCUGGGAGACCCAAGACUGCUUCCGGUCGGCCAAAGACUGGAAAAAAGAAAAAGGGUGUUGGAAGCUCGGCAGAUAUUGAUUCAGUUUUACAAUGAAGACAGGAAAUAGAGAUAAAACCAACACUGGGGGAGCUUCAGCUGAGUUUACUCCUUGCUGCUGUUUUAGAUGUGGGGCGGGGGGUGUGGAUCCAGGGGGCACGGAAGCUACGAACCCCCAACAAAAAAGGAAAUGGACAAAAAAUGUGGGAGCACACAAACAAGCUAAUUUUCAAUUUAUAUUCGAUGUACCAGUCUGCAUUCAAGUAUUUCUAAACAAAAAUGUCAGGCACCACCAUCACCCCUAGGCCCAAUGAUUGAUACGUCGCAUGGCUCCUAACUAGAUUUUUUUAUGGAUUCGCCCAUUUUUUAUAGAUCCAAUUUUUUGAACCAAUUUAAGGCAAAUAAAUGGCUCACUGGUCAAAAAUAAUUUAAAUUAAUUAUAUUUUUUUAUUUCAUUUUUUUUUUACAUUCCACCGCAUUUUACACUAGACAAAUACAGGGUUCAAUGAAACUCUAUUUUAUUUUUGUUUUGCAUUUUUGAGAAUUCUCUGCAUUCCAGUUUUAUUUUGUAAAACCAAAAUGGCAUUUUGCUGACCAAUGAGAAUAUUUAGGCUUUAAUUUCAAUAUAAUAUGCUUUCUGAUUUUUGGAGCAAACAUAAUCGGAUCAAACCAAUUGUCUGUAUUUCCUAGUCUUAAAUAUAAUUAGUACAUAAUUAAUUACAUAUGGGAAUAACAGUUUGACAUAAUAAUAAUAUUGAAUUGGUAUUUAAGAAAUCUUUCAUUACCAUGGUAUGGAGUGAAAUCUAAUGGAGUAUACUGAUGUGGUCUCAUAAUAGAGCAAUCAAAUGUAAGUUUGAGGGUGUUGGUUCGAACCUUAAUAGAGUCAAUGGGUUUUGCCUACAAAUAGUAAAAAAAUGUAAUAUAUAGUUCUUAAUUAAUUGUAGUACUGUAUAAUAAUUAUGUGCAAUGUCUUUGUAUUUUAUACAUAGCUUUCAGUUUUGUAUCCGUCCUUAUCAAAACGAAUUUAUGAAAAUCUGAAUGGAUUUAUCAGAAUGAAAUUAGUGAUUUAGUCUAAUGUGCUUGAAUAAACAAAACAAAAAUAAUUUGAUGCUUUUUAAUAUAUUAAUUGAUGGAUUACAUAGAUAUGAGAUACACUUCCAAAUGAAAUUGCGAAGUCAAAGUGCAAAUUGUAAUGUAAAAGUUGCCAUCUUUAUUACCUUUGAAUAUAAUUUUUGAUCAAGAAUAAUGAAAUAAAUGUGGCCACUGGAACAUUUAAAA